CAAAUAUACAUUAUAUUGCAUGUAAAUACACAUAUACAAUAUAUUGCACAUUUUUUUUAGUUUAUAUAUGUGUAUUGAUCAUUGUUUCUAAGAACAGAUUAGAGCUUUAGCUUUUUAAGCUUACAAAGUUAUCAAAGGAAUAUAGCCAACCACAAAAUAAGAAUCAACAGAAUGCGAUAAUCCAGUCAUAAAGGACAGUCAGAUUGUGCUUAUACAUAUUCAAGAAAUCAGUCAUCUGAGUUAAGUAGUUCAUUUGUGUCCUUAUUUUUUAAAUUUUAUUUAAGAGCCUCUUUUGACCUUGGAGGAUAGGAAGCUGAUGAAUGUAACUAAUACUAGCAGGUGGCGUAUCCUAAACCAUUAAGCAAUUCUAUUAUAGUGUAACGGAAAGACCAUUGACUAGGUGGUUCUAACUUUCAUUAAUUAGCUUAAGGACUUUAAACAAAUCUCAGUCUUUCAGAAUGUAUAUUUGAUCAAUUCCAAUUGAUGGAUUAGGGCUGUAUCAGUCUUCCUGAUCUGUUUUCUGUGGGACAGUGAUAUUCAUAAGAUGUUAACAGUUUUUCCGUGAUAAGGUUUCCAUGAAGACAAGUUUCAAAAAUGCAUUUGUUAAUAACCCAGUUAACACUUUACUGAGUGCUUACAGAAUGGCCUCUAGUGUGGAACGAGUUUACAUACUAUUCUUAGAAGGAUGUGGGCAAUAUAUUCCACAAGAGGAGAAUUUGAACAGCUGUUCUCUGUGUGCUAAUGUUAUUGCAAGCUUUUGAAAAUGUUGAUGACAAAAAAAACUCCUUGUCCUUACCCUAUAGAGAACAGACUAUUAAUGACAUGGACUCCAUUAGCCUAACAACUGAUGAACUAUUAAAACUCCCAGCAGAUGGAUCAUUUUCUUUCACUUAUGUUGGAUCACGUCACCGAAGUAGCAAGAAAAACAAGAAACGCAUUGGAAGACUGAGUUCAUCUGUCACUGAAAAGAAUCAAAAUUUUCAAGAAUCCUCUGCUCUCAUGGGCAAGGAUAACAUAGUUACUCCAGUUGUAUACACAAAUAUAAAUGGAAAGCAAUGUGGUAGGCUAAAAAACCCAAAACUUGUGAAUAAGGCUCAUAAAUGCAUUUCUGUACCAUCUUUAUCUUUUUCCAAGAAAUCAUCUUUUAGGGACAGUUCAGAACACAAUCUUGAAAAGAAUUACCCAAGGUGGCUCACAAGCCAGAAAUCUGACCUUGAUGUUUCAGGGAUAACUAGUAUACCUGAUUUCAAAUACCCAGUCUGGCUCUACAAUCAAGACUUGCUACCUGAUACAAAUGGUCAAAGGAUUUAUAAAAUACUUAAAGAAGAUCAGUGUUCCCCUAGACAUAGUUACCAGGCACAAAGAACUUCUCGGCUAAUGAAUAAAUUAGAUGGUUUUGAAUAUUCUUUUGAACCCUCAAACAUUUCAAAUUCCUUGAGUGAUGAUAAAGGAUUAGUUAAUGAAUAUAAAUGUGAUUCAAAACAUAGCCAAUGCCAGUGUGAGAAUCCACUUCUCCCAGGAUCCAAAAAGCCAUUCAGUGGUGACAGAAUUGAAUUGCUUAUCCUGAAGGCCAAGAGAAAUCUAGAGGAUUGUACUGAAGAAUUACCGAAGUCUAUGAAAAAGGAUGACAGUCCUUGUUCAUUAGAUAAACUUGAAGCAGAAAGAUCAUGGGAAAAUAUUCCUGUUACUUUCAAAUCUCCUGUUCCUGUUAACGCUGAUGAUAAUCCUCAACAAACUUCAAGGGCAAAAUAUCCUAAAGAGUUCCUUGAAGACUUUUUAAACAAUGAUAAUCAGAGCUGUACCCUUUCUGGGGGGAAACAUCAUGGUCCUGUUGAAGCUCUGAAACAAAUGUUAUUUAAUCUUCAAGCAGUGCAAGAAAGUUUUAAUCAGAAUAAAAUCACAGAAUCAAAAGGAGAAGUUAAACAAGUAUCAGAAGAUGAUUUCUCUAAAUUACAAUUGAAGGAAAGUAUGGUUCCGAUUACUAAGUCACUUCAAAAGGCUUUGCACCAUUUAUCUCGCCUGAGAGACCUGGUUGAUGAUACCAGUGGGAGACAGUCACCGAAAAUGUGAAGAGGAAAAUAAAAGUCUAACCAAUAAAUAAUCACCACAAAACGAAAAUGUAUUUUUUCCUAUGCUUAACCUGACAAAAUAAUUUUAAGCCGUAUGUUAUUCUGUGAUUAGUUCCAACAUUUUUUUAAAAAGCAAACUUGAAAAUGUCCAUAAAUUUUGUGGCCUAUCCUCAUUUUGUGGCAAAAUACCAGAAUGUGAACUGGCAGGACCCACACUGUGUGUCCUGAUCUAACUUUGGUCUUCAGGCUAUCAUCAAAUGUCUAAUGUCUCAAGGGGGUGAUUUCCGUUCUUGAAGCUUAUGUGAACUUAACCUUCAGCAUCCUUAUCACUUUAUUGUCUGGUUCUGGAUCAUUAAGAAAUUUUUCCUGGUUUCUGUCCAAAAUCUCUUAAAUAGACUUUGAUAAAGUUAGCAUCCACUUUUAAGGAGCUUACAGGGAUAUCAGAAUUGUUACCAUGUAUCAUAUGGAAAUGUGUUCCUUUUAAGUUUCAUAAAGCAGACAUUUAAGAAUAUGUUGUAUUUGCAAGUCAUGUUAAUUGAUGCAGUGCUAAAAGGAAUGUUUCAUAUUGUGAAAUUCAAGAAAACCUCAUUUAAUUGCUUUGAAUCACUGUAAGAAGUGAUCUUGAUGAUACUUGAGUUUACAAAAUAUUUUGAUGAGGGAUAUUUGAGAAUUUAAUUAUUUUGAUAUUACAUUAUUUUCAGAUUUAAGUUUUGAGGUUAGCUGAAACUAGUAAAAACUAUGAGAUAGGAACUGUUUGCUUUAUGAAAUUUGAUAACUUAAAAUGAGUAUGGAAAGUCAGAAAGCACCUCUCUCUAUUUUAAAGCUAUUUUGUAAUUGCUGAACCUUCUUGAAAGCUAUCUGUAGUCUUUGAGGUUUGUCACAAGCUGGAACCAAACAGAGCUCUGUAAUUUUGCAGUUUUUAACAAGUUAGCUUCUAAUAAGCAGGAAGCAUCUUUACUAACAAAAAUGAGUAAGUCGCGAGACAUGGUGAAGCCUGAUGCAGUUAAAGAAUAUCGGUAUAUGUAUAUACUACCAAAUGGCAGCAUUUUUGCUAAGUAGCUUUACUGUCAGAAAGGAUUUCUAAGUACAUAAUUUUCCCUCCCAAUUUAAAGCAUUAUAUAAGACCCUGGUUAUAGAACUUACCUGUCGAAGGCUGUAGAAUGAAUCCUGUCUGUUUUCUUUUCCCAGCUUGGUGAGUCAGAGUCACUGUACGAUUCUUUUUGCCCGGUUUGAGAAUCACUUGCUAAUACGUUUGUUUUGUUUAUUCUGUGGAGGUGUUUUUGCCACCAACAUUCUAUUUUCUGAUUAUGGUCUUCUGCUUCACGACAAAUAGUUUGCAUACAGUCCAACAAGGCAUUACUUUGACGAUUAAAGUGUGGUUGUCUAAAAUGCAGAUAGAUUUUAAUCCUGUUCCAGUGAAAUCCAGUAUUAGACAAAUUCUAAAGGCAGAGAAGACAAAGGCAUCAGAUAAUUACAUAUUAUAUGUUGAUCAGACGUAAUGUAUUUAGUAUACCUAGAAAGCAUCUCCAAAGGGAUUAUGCUGUAAUGACUGAAUAGCACUGACUUGGUUAAGGCUCUCAUUUGCAAGAACAUAUCUCCAGUACUAUAUAAGGUCAGCCUGUUAUAAAGCUUUGUUACACAGUUUUGUUAAUAUAAAUUUUUUAAGGAACUUGAUUAUACUGACCCCUAAGUAUUUUUCCUUUGUAUUAAAUAUGGAAGUUUAAGUCUUUUAGCAAGAAGGGAAAUGAACUUUAUCUGAAUGAUUAACUCCAGCCUCAAAGAAAUAUAUAGGAGAUUCAGCUAAGAAAAAUGGAAAUGAUAAAUGUUUAAUUAAUUCUUUAAGGUAUUGAUUUACUUAGCUACAUUUGAAAUAUUUCAGUAUUUUUUAUUUUGAGACUUCCAGAGACAAAAAAGGAAGCAACAGUAUUGAGACUUGCUGAGUUGGGAAUUUAUAGAGCAGAUAAUGAGAACAAUUAGAUUUAAGAAAUAGCAUUGCAAAUAUAAAAUUUCAUCAAACUUUUUUUUUUUUCAUUUAGGUAUAUUGAAAAAUGUUAAAUAGAAAUAUUUAAUGAGACAUUUCAAAUUUUUAAUUGGGUAUGAAAAAAAUUUGACAAACAUAAUUCCAGAAAUUAUUUGAGAUCUAGGGAUGAAAGUGAUGAAUGUGUGAAAAUGUUCUUUACUAUCAGUAACUCUACUUUUUUUUUCUGGGACAGUUUAUAUCCGCUCUGUAGAAAUUUCUGACCAAAUUGAGAAACUCUGUCUUCAGUUAUUUGUCUCUCUAGUUAUAUUAUUUGUUUUUGAAAUUUGUAAGUGUGGUUUUUGGUGGGUAUUUUGUAUUUAAUGUUUGGGAUAAUGUCUUGUUAAAUUGUAUGUGGUUUACCAAAAUGUUGCCUGAAGAUAAAUCAUGACAAGAUUUCUUUUUUCCUCCUGUUUUUUGAAUAUAUGGCAUCACUUAUAGAUUUGAAUUUGUAUCCUUUUUUUCCUGUCCCACCUUUCACUAUGUCUUAAAACCUCUUUGGUAGUACCCUCAAGAAGUAAACUUGCCAAAAAACAAGUAGCAUGAAGGGGGACAAAAUUCAUCUGCGGCUAAGGUCAUUUUCCUUUUUUGUACAACAACAACAACAACAACAACAACAACAACAACAACAACAACAACAACAACAACAACAACAACAUCUUAGCUUUUUACCCUCCCAGUUUAUUCUACUUUGUCCAUACCCUAGACCAGAUCUGUCUGUGUAAUAACUUUUCUCACAGUGUAGUAACUUUAUUACCUUAACUGAUACCUAUUUCAACCAUAAACGUUCUUCCCUUCAUUUUCAGUCCAUACCCCCGAAGACAGCCUGAUUAGUUUUUGCAAGACACUUGUACACACCACCACUGUAAUCUUACUGAUUUAUUUCAGCAAGUUUGCUGUAGCUAAAUUGCUUUACUCAUAUUCUCCCAAACUUUCUAUGUAUAUUCUCACCUUUGUGCAUAUUAUUUCCUGUACGUGAAACACUCUGUUUUCUUUCAUUCUGGUUAUCUAAAACUUACUCUGCUAUUUCUUUAAAUCUCUGACAGAGUUUAUACUUCCUUUUCCAAACAUUCUAACCUUCCAGACUCUGGAAGUUUGGCUCUCCUUUUUCCUUCUCCCACCAUUUGUUUAGCUGUUACAUUUCUUGUUUUAUGUUUUGGAUAUGCCUCUUGUAGCACAUUGUUUCUCUCGGGGAGAAAGUGUCUCAAAAAAAUUAGAUGAUUGAUUUUGUUUUGUCUCCUUGAUAGUGUCUCUUACAUUACGAUGUAUAACUAGAAACAUGUAAACUUAAAAGUGUUAAUUGAUAAUUCAAAAGUCUGUAUAAGGUCAUAAGCUCAAGAUGGGAGAAACAUCCUUUAUUUAUUGUGAUAUCCUGCAAGUCUUUUUAAAAAUGAGGUAAAUUAAACCUAUUUUGGGAGAGUUAUUUAUUUUCUGAUGAUACUGUUUAUCAAGUGGGGCAACAUUUGUGUACUUUGGAUGAUUUGGCUGUAAGCUUUCUAACCUCUUGAGCCCCCAAAACUUUAAUAUUUUUUGAGUUUUUGUAUAUUUUGCACCAGAUACAUGAGCUAUUUUACAGAUCUAAGACUAAGUCUAGGGAAACUUUCAUUGGAUGGUUUUCAUUGUGUUGCUUUUUUGAGCCUGGCUUCAUGGGAAAGUAUAUCAUGCGGGGUCCAGUCUAGAAACAGAAACCACAUCAUGAUUUUAAACAAGGGAAGCAUAAUAUAAAAAAGUUUUAACUAUGACAAAAGGGAUAAAAGAUACAGGAGAACUCUCUGGUACCCCAGAGCUAAGGGAGAGUAUCCACAGAAGUUCAAACUUGUAAGAGGGAUCUAAGAUUUGGGAUCAGAACUUGUUGAAGGUGUGGCUGCAGCCCACUGGAUGGCAAAGAAGUUUACUGGCUUGCCUGGACCAGAUUUAGUUUUUAGUAACUAGGCCAGCAGGAAUCCACGGUCCAAGGUUCAGGGAAGCUGCAGCUGGUGAGUGGGUGUGUGGGCCUGUAGAGGGAGUGAGGGAUCCGUCUGCAUGCUGGACAGUGCUGGCAGGACACCUAGAGCAUAAGGUGUUUGUAUUGGAAAGGUCAGAGGUGAUCACCAGCCUGGGCCAGGUCUGUGAGGUCAUCAAGGAGAACCAUACAUUCUGGGACUGCGACUGUGGCAGACAACCACUGGAUAUCUUCAUACCCACCUUGUUUACUGAUGGUGGAGCUGCCAGAAAACAGCAGCUGAGCCCCUUCAGGGUGAAUUUGGAGCUGAGAGACUAAAUUGAUGGCUGGCACAGAAACUCAUCAGGUUCUACAAAGGUUUUUGUGGGAGAAAACAUAAGGGAAAUAAUAAAUGCUUCACCUGUCUACCUCUGACCUCCCUGUUUUGCAGUAUACCACGUAGCCUGUCCAAGCCAAGAACCUGGCAUAAAGGUGAAAUAGCAAAAAUGUCAAGUCAUUUAGAAAAUCUAAAGAAACUUUGGACCAAUAUUUUCAAAAUUAAUUAAUUUGAUAAUUUUGUAAAAGAAAACAGUUCUGAACUAGAAAUCUGAGACUAUUAUAAAUAUUCUGGAGUCAUAUGAAUGAAAAUCAGAAUAUCAGAAAUAGGAGUAGAGUGCAUUCCUUCAAUUGUUUUUCGUCAUGGUGGCCACAUAACUUUUAUCUGAAUGGUUCUGGAAAUUGAGCUUUUCCUGCAAUUGGAAUGCUUUGUUUUGUAGCAUAUUGCUUCAGUUAUGCCAUGGUUUGUUUUUCCAUGUCUUCUGUAUAUAUUAAAAUUUUUUUUUAAUGUUCGGUAUAUUUUUACU